AUGAAGAGCACCGCUAUCUUCGUCCUGGCCGCGCUGGCCGCACAGACUGUGUCAGCCGUACCGCAUCGUCGUGACCACAAGAUUCUCCAUCAGGCUCGAGCCGAAGCAGGUGCCGUGACAGUCACUAAGACCAUCGUGGAGCCGAGCGCCGUUGUCUGGGUCGACGAUGCUGGCAAUACGGUCUCGACGGAAUACAGAGGCUCUCCUGCUACAGCUGCUCCAGAAGUCAACAACAAGGUCGGACCAGCUAUAUUCGCUGGCAAUGUUCAGCCUGCUGUCCCGAACGUCAAUCGCCCUGUAUCCAGUACUUCCGCCAGCCCUGGUAGCAACACUGGCGCUUCAGUUGGUGCCACUGGCAACGGCGGCUACGGUAUCUGCUAUGACAUGAUCAAUGCCCAGACUCAAUGCAAAACCGCCGAUCAAGUCAAUCAAGACUUUGCUUUCCUCUCGCAGAAUGGCUACAAGAUGGUCCGAACCUACGAUGUGGGGUGCAACAUCGGUAUCGUUGCUACGGCGGCGGCAGCUCACGGCAUGAAAGUCUUUGCUGGUAUUAAUAGCAUCAGCAAUGUGGCCGGGGACCUCCAGAAGCUGAUCAAUUACAUCAACGGUAACUGGGCCGCUGUGGACACGGUCAACAUCGGAAACGAGCAAGUCAAUCAGGGCGCUGCGUCGGCCUCGCAAGUCACCGCUGCCGUCGCUCAAGGCCGUGCUAUGCUUCAGAAGGCUGGCUUUUCCGGCAACGUCGUGACCGUUGACGUCUUCAACCAAUUCAUCGCCAAUCCCAGCCUCGGUUCCAACUCAGACUAUAUUGCGGCCAACGCUCACGGCUUCUUCGACACAACCAACAGCGCGGCCAACAAUGGCAACUGGCUUCAGAAAGAGUAUACGCAGCUGAAAAGCAUUGCGAAUGGCAAGAAAGUCGUCAUCACUGAGUCUGGCUGGCCUCAUGCCGGUUCGGCGAACGGCGGUGCUAGCGCGGACCCUGGCUCACAGUCCACGGCCAUCGCAGCCAUCAAGACUGCCUUUGCCGACAAACAGGACUCGCUGUACGUCUUCCAGGCUUACGACGCGAAAUACAAGCAGCCGGGCGCCAUGGGCAUUGAACAAUCAUUCGGCCUUUUCGGCUCUAAUUAG